CCGCGCGGGCCGAGCGGCGGCGGUUGGGGCAGGAUGGUGCGGACGAAGGCGGACUGCGGCGGUGCCUACCGCAAAGUGCUGGCCGCCCGGGCUCCCCGGAAGGUGCUGGGCUCCGGCAGCCUCAACGCGGGACCGUCGCCGUCCGCCAAGAGAGGCGAGGGCCGCCGUGUCGGGGGGAACCCGGUGUGCGUGAGGCCCGUCCCCGCCUGGCAAAGGGGCAUCGGCGAGUUCCUGCAGCUGCCGCAGAAGGAGAACCGGGAGCCCGGCGGAGAGGCGGCGGGGAGCAGCGGCCUGGGGCCGGCCGUCAAAAAAGCUCGCCCCCUGCCACCAGACCCUGCAGAAGAUGGUGAAUCCUCUGAAGAGGAGUAGAUGCGAUCUGACCCCGACUUUAAUGAUAAACCACGUGUCUCCUGUACUCAAGUUGUUUUUUGUAUAUUUGUAUAAUUUUUUACAGCGUGUUAUGACUUACGGCUGUUACGGCUGUUGUACAGAACUAAAAGGAUAAGUUUGAGAGAACUUUGUUGCAAGAAUGUUGUGGCAAAAUGAUGGUGAAAUGAAUACAUAGUUUUUGAAGCUUAGCAUUCAGUAUACAUCGCUGUUUUCAUUUUUAUCUUGGUUUCCUUGCGUUCCUCGAGUGACUCCUGCAUACCGUGCAGCUUUUAUCUUCUGAUUGCCCGAGACUUGCAUGAUCGUGCUUGUUCUGUUUUUAAAAAGCAGAUCCUAUUUUCUAAUAGACUGAAGCAUUCUGAAAAUACACCCGUGUCG